GAUCCAGCUUCAAAACCUCCCUUGGGUUCGACAGGGAGGCCAGCAGCCAAUCAGGCUGGGAUUAGAGUUUCUACAGCCAAUGGUUCCAACCAGACACGCCCACUGCUUGUGACGCUCCAUUUCAGUACAGGAGAUAGAAAAGGUUGUUUUGCUUAUGCAGAAGAGAGGGCUGCAGCCCUACAGGUUUCACAGAAUUGUAUUAUCUGCUGUUUAAAGUAUUUUAGGUUGGGUACAAAUGUUUCGCUGAUUGAUAUUAUUUGUUUUGUUCGUUUACUGCCUGCAUUGAGUUCUGAAACAGAGUCCCCUUUGUGUUUUUAUUUAAGCACUCAGACAGAGUGGAGCGUGUCAGCUGUACACACAGAUGUUUAACUUGUCAAUGUGAUUUUUUACUGAGAAAACAAACGCGCUUUAAGUUCAAGCUAUACAUGAUGGUAAAAGUUACUCCUUGCAAAGUAAGACGAGUCUCUUGUUUGUUUGUUUUCUUCAUCACACUAGAAGUGAUGAUUUUAUAUGACUGUUAAUUCUAUUUAAAUAAAUAUUAAAUUAAACUCAAGGAGGAUUCUGCUACGCGAGUCUCACACUGAAACCAGUGAAGAUGGACGUCAGCGUCUCCGUGUCGUUCUUUCAAGACGAGCUCGCCUCUACCAUCGAGCACGCAGUGAAAGCGGCUGUAGACACCGUCUUGUGCCAAAUCACAAAAGUUGUCGGCGGCAAAUUCACUGAAUUCCAAAUGGAAAUGGCUGGAAAGGAGAAAGAGAAUGAAAGUCUGAAGCUGAGAUUGGAAAUAUCAGAGAGCGAGUUGAAAGCAGUGCGGGAAUGCAUGAACGCUGCAGAUGCAGACAUUAAACAACCUCUCAGAAACAUGAACCCCGACUGCAAUGAACAAGACUUUCAGAGGAACGAGAACCAGGGAUUAUUUCAAGAUCCCAAAGAGCGCCAUGCUAUGUCUAAAUCUGAAGCACAGGAGGGGCCAAGGAUAGAAGCAGUUUACACACAAGAGGAGUCCUUUGACCAGGAGUGGUGUUCAAGUCUAAAGCAGGUUACAGAGCUGACAUGUGUUAAAGAUGAAGAGGUCCCUCGACUGGAAUGUGUUCCUAUUAAAGAGGAAUUCAUAGAACAGGAAUGUGUCCCCAUCGCAGAGGAAGUUCCUGCUGAAAAUAAUGUCUGUACACUUGAGGAGAACAACAAGUUGGGAUCCAGCCUGUGUGAUGAUUGUCCACCUGAAUGUGAACUGGGAUUUAGAGCUGCUAAAGGGAAUCACAGAAGAGGGACACCAUUUUCCUGUGCUGAUUGUGGGAAAAGUUUCAAUCAUUUAUCACGGCUUAAAAUCCACCAGCGUGUUCACACAGGAGAGAAACCUUAUCGCUGCACUGAGUGUGGGAGGAGUUUCACGCGAUUAGAAAGUCUUAAAUCACACCAGCGCAUUCACACAGGAGAGAAACCUUAUCACUGUACUGAGUGUGGGAAGAGUUUCACGCUGUUACAAAAUCUUAAAUCGCACCAGCGCAUUCACACAGGAGAGAAACCUCAUCACUGCACAGAGUGCGAGAAGAGUUUCACGCUGUUACAAAAUCUUAAAACACACCAGCGUGUUCACACAGGAGAGAAACCUUAUCACUGCACUGAGUGUGGGAAGAGAUUCACAUAUUUAAGUUCCUUGAAAGUCCACCAGCGCUCUCACAAAUAUCCCAAAGAGCGCCAUGCUAUGUCUAAAUCUGAAGCACAGGAGGGGCCAAGGAUAGAAGCAGUUUAUACACUAGAGGAGUCAUUUAACCAGGAGUGGUGUUCAAGUCUAAAGCAGGUUACAGAGCUGACAUGUGUUAAAGAUGAAGAGGUCCCUCGACUGGAAUGUGUUCCUAUUAAAGAGGAAAUCAUAGAACAGGAAUGUGUCCCCAUCGCAGAGGACGUUCCUGCUGAAAAUAAUGUCUGUACACUUGAGGAGAACAACAAGUUGGGAUCCAGCCUGUGUGAUGAUUGUCCACCUGAAUGUGAACUGGGAUUUAGAGCUGCUAAAGGGAAUCACAGAAGAGGGACACCAUUUUCCUGUGCUGAUUGUGGGAAAAGUUUCAACCAUUUAUCACGGCUUAAAAUCCACCAGCGUGUUCACACAGGAGAGAAACCUUAUCGCUGCACUGAGUGUGGGAGGAGUUUCACGCGAUUAGAAAGUCUUAAAUCACACCAGCGCAUUCACACAGGAGAGAAACCUCAUCACUGCACUGAGUGUGGGAAGAGUUUCACGCUGUUACAAAAUCUUAAAUCACACCAGCGCAUUCACACAGGAGAGAAACCUCAUCACUGCACAGAGUGCGGGAAGAGUUUCAUGCUGUUACAAAAUCUUAAAUCGCACCAGCGCAUUCACACAGGAGAGAAACCUUAUCACUGCACAGAGUGCGGGAAGAAUUUCACACAGUUAGGAAGUCUUCAAUUACAUCAGCACCGUCACACAGGAGAGAAACCUUAUCACUGUACUGAGUGUGGGAAGAGUUUCACGCUGUUACAAAAUCUUAACAGACACCAGCGCAUUCACACAGGAGAGAAACCUUAUCACUGCACAGAGUGCGGGAAGAAUUUCACACAGUUAGGAAGUCUUCAAUUACAUCAGCACCGUCACACAGGAGAGAAACCUUAUCACUGUACUGAGUGUGGGAAGAGUUUCACGCUGUUACAAAAUCUUAACAGACACCAGCGCAUUCACACAGGAGAGAAACCUUAUCACUGCACUGAGUGUGGGAGGAGUUUCACAUAUUCAAGUUCCUUGAAAGUCCACCAGCGCUCUCACAAAUAGAUCUUAUCAAUGUAGUGAAUGUCUGAAAUGUUUCAGUCACUUAUCAAACCUUAAAAAACACCAGAAAAUGCACACGAGUGACGCUCUGUCCCUUCUCUGAAUGUCAGUUACUGUGUCUUGAAGGACACAAGAUAAUUAAUAGAAUCUUAGACACUUGGACACCUGAACACCAGGAGUAAAUUUGACUAAAAUACAAAGAUAUUUACUGUAAGCAAAAUAAUAAAGUUGCUUGAUAAAUAGA